CUAUGUUUCUAAUGAUAACACGUGCGCGAGUGAAACACAUUUUCCUAACCUAAAUGUUUGAAUCAUGUGUAUCGUCGACGAUUGAUUCUUUCGUGUGAACAUUUUAUAAUAAUUUUAUGAUUUGUUAAAUAAAGUAAGAUUACAUAAUGGUUAUAAAAAAUUUAUGUGAUUUCUGUGAACGAAAUGAGAAAUAUCGACUUAAAUUUGAUAAAAUAUUGACAUUAAAGGAACUAAAUGCGGCAGAUUAUGAAAAUGUUUUAAAUACAUUAAGUGACUAUCUAUUAAAUUCAGAUUGCACAAAAGAUGUAGCCGAUUGUUUUCCUCAAUUACUUCCUGCUCUUGUAUCUAUAGCUAUUCCUAUGGGAUGUGCACAUGUUUAUAGACCAUAUAAAGAUUUUAUUCACAAAAGAAACUGCAUUGUUCUUUCUAAAUUGAUCAAUAUAAAUCCUGAUUUACUUACGUACGUUUUACAAUAUUUUGACUGUAAUCCAGCACCAUUUGAGUCAGAAGAGAAAUUCAUAUUAACAAAGAAACCAAAAUCUUCAGAAAUCGUUAAUAUUGUGUUAGAAAUUUCAGACUAUGAUAUUGUAUUAGCUUGUUAUAACAUUUUGUCAGCUGCUAUAACACAUUUUAAACACAAAUGGAACUGGUCCAAAUUUUAUAAAUUUUUGCAACACAAAGACAAUAGAGUAAAAUGGGUCGCUUUGAAAUGUAUCAGUAUAAUCUUGGGUAUGUCGGAGGCUGUUCAUUUAUCUUGUGCGGUAAUAUUAAUUGGCGAUAUAAAAGAAUUUCUUACUGAACACGAAGAAAAAAAUCUGGAACCUCUUGCUUCAGAAAAUUUAACAGAUAGUAUGAAAAAUAUGAUGGUAGUACUUAAGGAUAUCCCAUCUUUGACAUCAAUUGGUAAUGUUUUAUUACCGGUUUUUAAAGCUAACAAAAUAAAUAAUGAUAUUACGUUAGUUUCCGUACCAUCUAUGGAAGAAAGUCUUCAAAGUUUGGCAAUAGCACUUGCAUCUAGAAAGUGUAUAUGUUUGCAAGGUUCAGUUGGUUGUGGAAAAACUGCUCUAGUUGAAUAUUUAGCAAAAAUUACAGGACAUGACUCUUCCAAUUUUACCAAGGUACAAUUGGGCGAUCAAACAGACUCAAAAAUGUUAUUAGGCAUGUAUAGAUGCACUGAUAUACCUGGAGAAUUUGUUUGGCAACCAGGUGUAUUGACUCAAGCAGUGAUUGCUGGAAAAUGGUUGCUCUUGGAAGACAUUGAUAGUGCUGCUUUGGAUGUAGCAAGUGUUUUAAGUAACUUGUUAGAAACUGGAACAUUAUCCGUACCAGGAUAUAGAGAUAACAUUUAUGCUAGAAGUGGUUUCCAAUUGUUCGUUACGCAAAGAUUAAUGCCAUCAGUGACUGGACCUAAAAAACAAAUUUCAAGUGCAUCAAGUUUGUUACAAAAACAUUGGUUCUGUAUAAACGUUGAAGGAUUUUCAUUAAAUGAAUUAAUAAUAUUGAUACAGACUUUAUUCCCAGCAUUAAAAACUGUUGCCAAUAGAAUGAUAGAUGUUUUCUUAUUAUUUUCUAUGGGUGAUCAUGAUGGUAGAAACAACGCUUUUGAAAAUUCAUCGUUAAAAACCGGAAGACAAAUAUCUACGCGUGAUUUGAUGAAGUGGUGUUCACGAGCUGUUGUCGAUUUUGAUGUUUCUUUGCCUAAUUCUGCUUUGAAAAUUUUUCAAGAUGCGAUAGAUAUCUUUUGUUGCUCCGUCUCCGAUCAAGGACAAAGAUUAAAUUUGAUAAAAACGAUCGCUGAUAAGCUUGGUAUAGUGAAGACUAAAGCAGAAUAUUUCUGCAAUAUGUAUAAACCUUCUAUCAGCUUAAAUCCUAAUUCCUUUAUAGCUGGUAGGACAAAAUUAUUAUGUAAAAAAUCGGAGUAUGCAAGAAUGGUGCAGACAAAAGUAAAUUUUUCUUUUACAAGACCAUCUGCAUGCUUGCUUGAACGUAUUGCAUGUUGUGUUGCUCAAAAGGAACCGGUAUUGUUAGUAGGAGAAACUGGUACAGGAAAAACAAGUUCUAUACAGUAUUUAGCACAAAGUACGGGCCACAAAUUGGUUGUAAUAAAUAUGAAUCAACAAAGUGAAAGCGCAGAUCUUUUAGGAGGUUACAAACCGGUUGAAUUGAAAUUUUUAAUAUCUCCAAUCAGAGAAGAAUUUUUAAUAUUAUUUCGGUCAUACUUUGCUCUCGAACCAAACAGAACAUUUUUGGAACACAUUGCAUUGUGUUAUAAACAGCAAAGAUGGAAAACUCUUGUAACGUUAAUGAGCUAUAGUACUAACGCAGCUUUGAAGAAAUUAAAACAUGAACGUUAUCAGAAGAAAGAAUCUGUCUUAACUGAAAAAGAUGAAACUUCGAAGAAGAAAAAACGAGACGAAGAUGACACGAAUGAAGAGAACGUAAAAAGUGGCGAUGAAUUGCAAACGAAAUGGGAAAAAUUGUCAGAGAAAUUGGAAAAGUUAGAGUUACAAGUUAAGGCUCAAUAUUCUUUGGCGUUUUCUUUUGUAGAAGGAAGUUUGAUAAAGGCAUUACGAGAGGGACAUUGGGUGUUAUUGGAUGAAAUUAAUUUAGCAAGCGCCGAAACAUUGGAAUGUUUGUCAGGAUUAUUGGAAAAAUCAUCUGGCUCGUUGUCUUUGUUAGAACGUGGAGAUAAUGAGUCAAUAAAAAGACAUCCGGAUUUUACAGUAUUUGCAUGUAUGAAUCCAGCAACCGACGUUGGGAAAAAGGAUUUACCGAUUGGAUUGAGAAAUAGAUUUACUGAGUUUUAUAUCGACGAAUUGACUGAACGUUCUGAUCUACAACUUCUCGUACAUUCAUAUCUUCAAAACAUGAAUUUGUCUAUACAAAAAGAAGAAGCAAUCGUUAAAUUUUAUUUAAAUGUGAGGAAAGAAGCUGUCCGUACAUUAUUAGAUGGUACUGGUCAUAAACCACAUUACAGUUUGAGAACUUUGUGUCGUGCGUUAAGCAUUGCUGGAUCAAAUCCUUGUGGAAAUAUCACGAGAUCGUUAUACGAAGCUUUUUGUUUAAGUUUCUUGACACAAUUGAAUUAUGAUUCUCAUCCAAUUGUACAAAAAAUGAUUUCUUCUGCUAUUUUGGAUAAUAAGAAUUUAAAAGCGAUCCUUGGCUGUCCUAUAUCCAAACCAAAAUGUGGAAACGACGAGGAUUACAUAUGUUUCGAAGGCUACUGGAUUGUGAAAGGUACUUUAAUACCAAAAAGACCAAAUAAUUAUAUUUUGACUGAAACUGUUAGACGAAAUUUGAAAGAUUUAGUAAGAGUAGUGUCCAUAGGAAAAAUACCAGUUUUAUUGCAAGGCGAUACAUCGGUAGGAAAGACCAGUUUGAUAACAUAUUUAGCUAAAGCUUCUGGUAAUGUUUGCGUACGAAUAAAUAAUCACGAGCACACGGAUCUUCAAGAAUACGUCGGAAGUUAUGUUGCCGAUGAAACAGGAAAAUUGGUAUUUAGAGAAGGUAUACUUGUAGAAGCAAUGCGUCAAGGUCAUUGGAUCAUAUUGGACGAAUUAAAUUUGGCACCGAGCGAUGUUUUGGAAGCAUUAAAUAGAGUUCUCGAUGAUAACAGAGAAUUGUUUAUACCGACAACUCAACAAGUCAUUAAAGCGCACGAUAAUUUUAUGCUUUUUGCAACACAAAAUCCGCCUGGAUUAUACGGUGGUAGAAAGGUACUUUCUCGAGCAUUCAGAAACAGAUUCGUCGAAUUGCAUUUUGAUGAGAUUCCUCCUAACGAAUUACAAAUAAUAUUGCAUGAAAGAUGUCAAAUGCCUGAAUCUUAUUGCAAGCAGGUGAUUAAUGUUAUGACAGAUUUACAGAUAAGACGUAAGAGCACAGCUGCGUUCGCUGGUAAACAAGGUUUUAUUACAUUGCGCGAUCUUUUUCGAUGGGGCGAACGAUAUAGAUUAGCACCAAAUAUCAUUGAUGAUAAAUUCUACGAUUGGAGUCAGCAUUUAGCGGACGAAGGUUAUUUAGUUCUUGCUGCAAAGGUUCGUAAAACGGAUGAAGCAGAUGAGAUAAGAAAAGUAAUAAAGAAACAUUUAAAGAGAGACGUUGAUCCGGAUAAUUUAUUUUCAUUGAAUGAUAAAACGUCCUCGGUAACGAGACAUAUAUUGCAACAGAUACUAGAUAAAAAUAAUGCAUAUUUCAAACAUAUAGUUUGGACUUAUCAUAUGCGUAGAAUGGCGGUCUUAGUAAAGAAAUCAUGUCAAUUUAAAGAACCAGUUUUGUUAGUGGGUGAAACUGGUUGUGGUAAAACAACUGUAUGCCAAUUAAUUGCCGCUAUGAAUGGACAAACGAUGCGUAGUAUUAAUUGUCAUUUGCAUACGGAAUCGUCUGAUUUUCUUGGUAAUUUAAGACCAGUUAGAGAACGUAAUAACGUAGAAAAUUCGAAACUUUUCGAAUGGGUCGACGGUCCAUUGAUUGUUGCUAUGCAAAAGGGUGAUCUUUUUUUAGCCGAUGAAAUUUCUUUAGCGGACGACAGCGUCUUGGAAAGAUUAAAUUCGUUGCUUGAACCCGAACGAAGUUUACUUUUGGCCGAAAAGGGAUUGAAAUUAACGGACGAGGAGGAUAACAGUACUGUUAUGGCCGAUGAAAAAUUUGUAUUUAUUGGUACUAUGAAUCCCGGUGGUGAUUAUGGGAAAAAAGAAUUGUCACCGGCACUUAGAAAUCGUUUUACAGAAAUUUGGUGCGAGCCUUGUAUAGCAAUGAACGAUUUAAACGAUAUAAUAAUACAUAAUCUUGAUACCAAGUUGUUAGAUUACAAGCAACCGAUCGCUAAAGCAAUAUUAUCUUUUAUUCAAUGGUUACCGACAACCGACGUGGGAAAAAAAUUAGUCGUUAGUAUACGUGAUAUAUUAACUUGGUUACAUUUUAUAAAUAUAUGCACGUGCAAUGAGACAAUGAAAUUAAAUAUCAGUGAUGCAUAUUAUCAUGGAGCUUGUUUAACUUAUAUUGACAGUCUUGGAUCGGGAUUAACAAGUUCAGAAAAAUCAUCCAAUUUAUUCGAGUUCAGAGAUGCCGCUUUAAACUAUAUAAAAUAUCAAAUUAAAGAUACAUUGCGUUCUAAUUUAUACGAGGGAUUUUCUGAAAAAAGUAAUGUUUCUUUCGACGAUAUAAAUAAUACAUUUGGUAUCGCACCGUUUUAUAUUAAAAGAGGCUCCACUAACAUACACCAGGAUAUACAAUUUACAUUUUCACCGACUACUACUAAAUUAAAUGCAUUGAAACUUUUAAGAGCAUUGCAAUUAAAUAAACCAAUAUUAUUAGAAGGAAGUCCGGGUGUAGGAAAAACAAGUAUUGUUUCUGCAUUGGCGAAAGCAUCAGGAAAUGCAUUACUUCGAAUUAAUUUGAGUGAUCAAACGGAUAUAUCUGAUCUCUUUGGAGCGGAUCUUCCAGUAGAAGGAGGUCAAGGCGGUGAAUUCUCAUGGAGAGACGGACCGUUUUUAAGAGCUUUGAAAGCCGGCGAAUGGAUUUUGCUAGAUGAAUUAAAUUUAGCUUCUCAGUCUGUGUUAGAAGGUCUCAAUGCUUGUUUCGAUCACAGAGGAGAAAUUUAUAUACCUGAACUUGGAAAAACAUUUUCUGUAAAGUCAGGUACCAGAUUAUUUGGAUGUCAAAAUCCAUUAAAACAAGGUGGUGCUAGAAGAGGUCUUCCAAAAUCAUUUUUGAAUCGAUUUACUCAAGUUUUCAUUGAUACUUUAACCGAAGAUGAUUUAGUGUUCAUACUUAACGUACAAUUUCCUCAAUUAUCAGAUGAACUUAUUAAAACAAUGGUUAAAUUUAAUAGCGUAUUGGCGUCAGAAAUUGGUGUUAUCUGGGGUCAUACUGGUUCACCUUGGGAAUUAAAUUUACGAGAUAUUAGUAGGUGGUGCGAAUUAACUGUGAAAGAACGGGACGACUGUAGUAAAGAAUUUAAAAACAAUUACUAUAAUCCUGGAGACACUGUAGAGCUUAUUUAUGUCGGUCGAAUGCGAACGCAGGAAGACAAGCAAAGAGUUCGACAAAUAUAUCAAGAAUAUUUCCCAAUUGAAAAAUAUCCACUUUCAUCGUCUGAAUCUUCUAUAUAUAUUACAGAAGAAACAUUAUAUAUAGAUGAUGUAAAGUUGGCUAUAUCGCGGUCUGCGAUAUAUACUAGUAAUUCAAAUUUGUUAUUACUGAGAGAUCAAAGAAGGACACUAAAACAACUUAUGCAGUGUAUUAACAUGAAUUGGAUGUCUAUACUCGUCGGUGCAUCUGGUUGUGGAAAGAGUAAUGUGGUUCGAUUGCUAGCUAAUUUGGUAGGACAAAAGCUCAGGUGUAUUGUUGUCAACUCAGCGAUGGACACAACAGAGAUAUUAGGAGGUUUUGAACAGAUCGAUUAUAAUCGACAUCUGGAAGAAUUGCUCGAGCGGACGGAAGACUUGCUCUUGGAAAGUUUGAAGAGAAAAAUCCAUAACAACGACUUGGAACAACUUGCUAGUUAUCAUGCUCUCUUAGAAAGAGUGAAGCGUCUUUCAGACGAUGAAAACGAUAAUACGAAAACAAUGGCUUCGGAAACGCAGCUCUUUUUGCGAAAGAGCGACGAAUUGUCAAAGCUGGUUUCAAAAAUAAAAACUUUGGAAGCUUCUUACGAGUUCGCGUUAAAAGAAAUCGAGAUUAAGUUGGAAGCAUUGUCAACGUUCGUAGAAAAAGAGAAAUGUUUAAAUGCUGGUGGCAAGUUUGAAUGGGUCGAUAGCGUAUUAGUGAAGUGUCUUCGUGAUGGCACGUGGCUUCUCAUCGAUCAAGUAAAUCUCUGCAGUCCAGCGGUGUUGGACCGACUUAAUGGGUUAUUAGAACCAAAUGGUGUUCUAACCAUUGGCGAAAGAGGAGUCGAUAAUCAUGGAAAUGUGAUCACCAUUAAGCCGCAUAAAAAUUUUCGCUUGUUCUUAACGAUGGAUCCUCGUUACGGAGAAAUUUCCAGGGCAAUGCGUAAUCGUGGUGUAGAAAUUUACAUGAUUGGUCCAAAAGAAAAUAUUCAUUACGAUCGAAUGGAUUUGAAAUCGAUGUUACAUCAUUAUGGAAUAACUAAGUGUCAUCAUCAAAGAGCUUUAGUUGAGAUAUACGAAAGAAUGUCGAAAGAAAUCGUUACGAUCGAUAAACUCAAUAUAGUUGACCUAAUGCAUUCCGCAUUUCUGGUUGCUCGUCGACUUACUCGCGGUUUUCCCUCAAGGCAGGCAAUUAGAAUCGCGUGCAUUGAUGUGUACAUCAAAGCCAGGUCAACGAGGACGCCAGAAAUAAAAGAAUUUUUGGUCUCCGUAAUCGAGGAAAUUAUUGAUGCUUUCAUAAUAAGCAAUAGUGAUAAUAAUUUUGUUGAUCUUGAUGCAGCUACUUGGAGCAUUAGAAAUAUACAAGAAAAUACUAAACUAACGAUUAUCAGACAGGAAGGUCUUCUAUUAAAAUCAGCCAUUGAGAUAUAUAAAUCUAAUCCCAUGAAAAAUGAUUUAACACCGACGUCGAGUUGUUGGAACGAUAUGGUCGAUUUAAUGGCGAAUAAAAAAUUGGAAAUGUUAAACGUUGACGUUAAACAAGUCUUACCUUAUUUAUUGAUAGAUCUUUAUGAAAGAUCUACGUUGACCGACGUUGAGAUCAGAAAUUUGUGGUUCUCCAAAAUGUUGACCAAAGAAAAAAAUACUCUUCUAAUGGAUCUUGCGAGAAAGAACAAUUUAUUGGCGGAUGAAGUUUUGUCAUUUGACUUUCAUAUAGCCAAGAGAUCUUUACCUUGGGAUCUUGCAUUUUUACCAGGGAUUGCGGUUAACGACACAAACGAUGAAGUAAUGAAUGACGCUAAUAAACUAGCUUUACUGUUAUAUUUGCGAACUAUGAUCAUUAUAGAUGAUACGAUCUUGGAUGAAAGUUUAGUUGAUGAGAAAGAGAAAACAAUGUCUGUGAAGCAAUACUCCAAUGCAAUAUAUCAUAAUAAACUUACGUCGAACAUAAAGAACCAACCGCUUCUAACUGAUUAUGUAAAAUUGGUUUAUCAAACAAAUACGUGCAUUCAUUCUCUACUCAGAGAUAAUGCUUUGUUAAUAAAUAACGAAGCUUAUGUGGAAUUCAGACAAGGUUUGAAAUAUUGCAACAGAUUCCUUCAAUUGGGUGAAACGACUUUGAUAAAUAAGUCCGAAAGACAAAUAAUAAAUCUUGAAGAAAUGACUCUGUUAUUAAGAGUAUAUUACAGAUGGUUGAUUAAAUUUGUAUAUAAAUUAUAUCGAGUUUGUAAAACGGAUUCCACGAUAUCUGAGAUAACGAUUAAUGAAAUGAACAAUUUUUUCGUUAUGGUGAAUGAAAUAAAUCAUUUGUUAUUGUCGACCCAUGAUCCGUUUAAAAAAAUAACGAAACUUAUAAAAAAGCAUUUAAUAUUACCUUUACCACAUAUUUCUGAGAGGUCGAUGAGCGUACACGUAAAGAUAAGAAAAACAUUAAAAAGUUUUUUACCAUGGGACGAUGGUACUAAUGAUCAGUCUAUAAAAAAAGAGCUUAAGAUAAUAUCUAUUCAAACGAACGAUGCAAUAACGAUGCGUUAUCAGAUGAUAUCUUUGUGGAGUAAAAUUUAUUCUAAUCCGAUAUCAGAUAAUUCUGUUUUACACGGGAUAUCCGAAAUCGAAGAAUUUUGCGAAUCGAAUCAUUUCGAUCUAAAUACGCCGAUGGAAGUAUCCAUGGUUUUAGAAAAAAUCAAUUCUAUCGAUCCAAAAGAAUUGAUCAAGAUGUCUUCAAACAUACAAUUGUGGCCAAUUUACGAAUACUUAUUUUUAUUACUAGCACAUAGCUCUUAUAGACAAAUUUGUGAAAACACGAUGAACAACGAUACCUCCUUAGAAAAUUUGUUAGAAAGUUUUGCCAGAGUACCCAGCAUACCUGCCAAUUUGAUUGCCAUAUUAUCUACGAUAUUUUCUAACGAGACAGACUCGAAUCAACGAAUGUUAUUGAUGCCUGAAUUAUGCGUCCUCUUAUCUCAAUUUACUCAGAACAGUUAUGCUGUAAAGGAUUCUAAAAUGCUUUUACAUUGGAAUGGUAUAAGUAACGAUGAUGUAGAAACGUCUAUUGCCAUUUAUGAUGUCCCUAAGACACAUCAACACGUCGGUGGAACUAUAUUGAUGAAUUUAAUACUAGAAUUGAUAUUGCAAAGAACAGAACAACGUAAAGAAGAUAGAAUUCUUGCUGCAACAACAUUAGGCACGUACACGUCUCGUACUGAACAAUUAAAUAAUUUGAACGAUAUAUUGUGGCACAACAGCGUUAGUUUAACAUCAAAAUGUUACAAUUGUACCAACAAUGAUUUUGCUAUAAUGAAAUUUUAUUUGAAUUUGUAUAUGUCUGCUGUAGAAGACAUGUACUCUGAAAAUGAUGUUGAAAAAUUAAUCGUUUCUACGAUUGAAAAGCAAGGGAACCAGAAAAAGAAUGAAAUAGAAAGCACAUAUUUGAACGAAUAUGUAAAACCUAUAGACGAAUUACGUGAAAUAAGAAAGAAAUUUAGGAACGUAGAUAUGAAUGACGAUGUUGUCGAAAGAGGAAGAACAUGGAUAUUAAUUGGAUACUUGGAACUUUUGAUAUUUGGAAAUUUGGGUUAUAUCGAUCCUGUACAUAAGAUUAAUUUGAAAUUAAAAUGUCUAGAAGAAGAUAUCGAAGAUUGUAAGACAGCGAUAUAUAUAAAUUCGUUACAAUCUCAUAUUUUGAAAACGUCUAACGAAAACGUUCAUCCUCGAUAUUUAGCGAUGAGAAAAUAUUUAGAGACGGUGUCCAAAGAAAAAGAUAAUCUGAAACUUUCAAAAGCUUUCCGACCAUCAUCGACAGACUUUACGAUGUUGAGUAAAGACGUUAUUAAUUUUAGAAAUACAAUUACGUCUUACGAAAUAAUAUACAAACACAUCGAUCGUUUAACAUUUGCUAUAAAUAUGAUUGAAGAAAAUCCAUCGAAAGAAUCUAUCAAAAUUGCUGAGGAUGCAUUAAGAGAAGGAGAAACGUGGUACUUAUCGGUACAACGUUUUGCAGAGCAAAUAGAGAUUAAAUAUUAUUCUUUUUAUCCUGACAUAGUCCUACCUUUAUUAGUAUCAUUGAUACAUUUAAAGCAAGGUAUUUCCCUUUUAAUUAAUGAAACGGAAAAAGGAAUAACUUCUAUCAUAGUAGAUUCUAAAAAAGACAACUUAGAGAAAUUAAUUUAUAACAUGAUUCGUUAUCCAACCAUUGGAUCGGGACAAGAGAAUUUAUUAAAUUUAGUUAAUACGUGUACAUCAAAUUAUACCAAACUCGUCAUUAGUAAAAGCUUACGUUUAGAAGAUAGUUCGGUCUCUGUUAAAGAACAAUUCCGUAUCGUUAAAUGCGCCUUGUACGAAUUAUAUAAUUAUAUCGUAUUAAACAGAGAUUUGUCAAAAGAUCAUUGGGAAUUAUUGAACGAAUCGUUGAAACAACUUGUGACCAUAUGGAAGCAACAGCAAGAGGAAACUGAAAAACGAGCAGCGGAGAAAGAAUGUCUUUACAAGAAUAAAUCUCUUCCGACAAAUAACGAUGAUGAUGAAGAUCUUAUUUCCGAACUUGAACAAUUCUUUCCAACUUAUCGAGAGAGGGACUUCGGUGACAUAGAAAAUGCUAUGGAAAUGAAUUUAGAAGAAAGUGUUACAUCCACGGAAUUAAAAGAAUCCUAUAACGAUAUCAUUUCGUACGACGAUAUUAAAGAAAUUCAACAAAUUCAUUCUACAAUCGUUACGUCUUUCGUUAAGUGCGAAUGGAUAUUUCGUGAAAACGAUAACGUAGAACCUAAUUACAUUCGUCCUUUGUUACAACGAUACGAAAUAGCACAUCUGUUGUUAAAGAAUAUCAAAUUCAAUCUAAAUGAAAAUUUCACAUCAAAGUUAUAUAACAGUUUACAUAUGUUAGUGUCGCAAUCAUUGCAGACUACUGAAAAUGAAAGUACCCAACGAAUGAUGUUUAAUAUGAUCAAAGCGUAUAAAAAACCUUAUGAUUUUUAUAAAGAUUCUAAUAUUCAAGAAGUAAAGCAAUGUUUGCCAUUGUGUGAAUGUAUUCUAACUAGGAUCAAUGAAUUUUUAAAACAAUGGUCCGAACAUCCUACUUUGAAAUCGAUAAAAAGUAUUAUUGAAAGAAUUUAUGGUUUCCCAGUUACGUCUCCUGUUGCAAGAUUUUUAACAGGUUUAGAAUUAUUACUAGUAAAGUUACAUCAGUGGGAAGAAAAUGCUCAUAGCGGGGUUACCUUGUCGAAUGAUAUUUUAACAUUGACGCAACAAAUUAUUUCAUGGAGAAAACUUGAGUUAACUUGUUGGAAGAGUUGUCUCGAUACAGCCUUUGAAAAUUUACGAUCACAAACAUCCAAAUGGUGGUUUUAUCUCUAUGCAUUAAUCGAGAGUUAUGUAUUUAAGUCUGCAUCUAUGGUGACAUCGUCGAAUAUCAUCAAAGAAAAUGAAUCUAUCGAUAAAAAGAAAUUGAUUGAUUUAUUAGAACGAUUUAUCAAUGAAUCGCCUCUCGCUGAAUUUGAAACAAGACUUGAUUUAUUAUUAACGUUUCAUUGUCACGUACUCUACUUUCAGCCUUCCGUUGAAAAGGAAGAUCUUCUAGCUAUAUUAUGGAACAUUCAUAAUUAUUAUAAACAAUUUGUACAAGAUGUAAAUACGAAAAUCCAAGGGUUUAAAGCACCUAUUGAGAAAAAGUUAAAGGAUUUUGUUAAAAUUGCACGUUGGAACGAUAUAAGUUACUGGUCUGUUAAAGAAACUGUUGAAAAGACCCAUAGAACAUUGCAUAAGUUUGUAAAGGAAUAUGAAAAUAGUUUGAAGCAAAAUGUUCUUUCUUGCUUGACUGUAACUGCUGAAAGUUCUAAUGCGAAUUUAGGAAACGAUUGUAAAGGUGAUAAUGCUCAAAAAGAAUAUAUAAUAAAUCCAAAGGACUUUAUCAUUUCUGAGACUAUAACGAAAGGUAUUAAUACUCAGAAUAUAAAGUUUAAAUUAGAAUCGAAAAAUAUUAAUAAUCCGGAUAUGAGAUAUGAAUUUGUAUCGAGCGUAGGAAAACUUUUGGAUAAAGCUAAACGUUAUUGUAAGGAAAUCAUUUUAACAAGUUCAUAUCCUUGUAUAAGAAUGGAUAUUGAAAACUUUAUACAAGAUUACAUAGAACAGAGUAUUCAUUUAAGAAAUAUUGAGAUCGAUAGAUCAUUAACGAAAAGCAAACAAAAAUCGCAAGCAAAAAGUAUAUUGCAACAAAAGAAGAUGAUAUUAGCUAAUUAUUUCAAAGCUUUGAAUCUAAUGGGUGUGUCGUAUCGUACUGGCAUAUUAACAUGGAAAAACAAUGUAGAUAAAAUUAUUGAUUUUACAAUAUCUCCAUUAGAUAUCUCUGUAGUAACAAAAUAUUUCAACUUGUCCAAGGUAGAUGAACAGAUGCUUAUACAAUGGACAAAUUGUGAUAAAUAUUAUUAUAAAUCUAUCAUCAAAUUAAAUGCACUUAAUGCAAUGUUAAGAAGUACUACACAAACUGACCUAGGUCAACAGAACAUAGAACGCUGUCGUGGUUAUUCAAGUCACAUAAUGUUAAUGGCUAAUAAGCAAAGAUUAAUUUUAAGUAAAUUAUUUAAUUACUACAAGCCUCUUCGAGUGCUUCUUAUGAAUUUAUCAGAAAUUGAUGAUAUCCAUAUUGAUAUUUCCCAACAAUUUCAAAGCAAUAUUCGAAAUAUAAAAGAAUCAAUGAUAAAUUUGGAGCUUGGUUUUGAACAACUUUUGUUGUACUUGCAAUGUUAUCCAAACAAGUCGCCAUUCGAAAUUCAAACUAAUAUAUUAGUUUUAGAAAGAAACACAUUACCGAUAUUAGAUACUUCCGACAGUAUAAUUCUGGAUAACAUGAAAACUAAAUUAAACGAAUAUUUAAUUCUGAUAAGAAGAAUCGCGAGAAUUUUCAACUCCGUUUUUAUUUCUACGAAAGUAAAAGAUAUGACGAACGAAAAAACUGUCGAUUUGUAUCAUUUAAAAGUUUUAGAAGAUACUUGCAAAAACAUUACUACGUUAAAAAUGCAAAUAAGUGCGUUAUUUGAUGCUUUCAUUUCUACGAACGCUACGCAUCCGAUUGUAGAAAGUAUAACAUUUUUACAAACGCAAAUUGAAUGUAGUAUUAAUACGUUUAAAGAAUUAAAACAAUUAACAAUAGAAAAAAACACAGAUUCGUGUUCAAACGAUGCUGAAUGUAUUAAACGAUGCAUAGAUAAUCUGGUAAAGAAUAUUUUACUCGUUGUACAAAAAAAAUAUAAAGCCAAUACAAGCGAAGAUGAUGCACCAUGUUUAAACAAUGAUGAUAAUGAUGACAAUGAUGAUAAAGAUGUAGAGGAUGAUUUCGAACGGAAUAAACUAAAAGAAAAAUUAAUAGAAGAUUUGGAAAAAAAUAUAGAAGAAUUGAAAGUUUCUCACAUAUAUGAAUUGUUUAAAAAUCUUUUACUCAGAGUAGGCGAAAAACAUGAUUAUAAAAGAUUACUCUUGCAAUGUUUACCAAUAAUGGAACAAUAUCUGUUACUAGUACAGUUCUAUUUGAAUGAACAAAUCGCAUCUUUUCGAGUUACGUGCAAACUAUUGUAUUUACAAUUGAACGUAUUCUUGGAUUUAGCUACAAAUGGAUUCUGUGUUCCGAAAGAUUUAGAUAUGGAAGACGGUGAUACGGAAGAGUCUGGAGAUAACGUAAAAACAGGUGGAAUGGGUUUAGGUGAAGGGGAAGGACAAAAAGAUGUAUCGGACAGAAUUGAAAGCGAAGAUCAAUUGGAGGAUGCGAAACGAGCUGACGAAGAAGAACAGAAAUCAGAGGACAAAGAUUGUAAAGAAGAGGAUAAGGGAAUUGAAAUGUCUGAGAAUUUUGAUAGCAAGUUGCAAGAUAUUGAGAAAGAUGAAAAUGAUGAGAAACAAGAGGAUGACGAAGAAGAUAAAGAUUUAGAUAAAGAAAUGGGAGAAACCGAGGAAGAUGCUGAACGAUUGGAUAAAGAAAUUUGGGGCGAUGACGAGGAAGAAUCUGAAAAUGAAAAUAAUGAAGCAUCAAAAGACGAAGAGGAAGAAAAACGAGGAGAGGGAGAAGAAAUUGGUGAUAAAGAAAUUACUGCGAACGAUGGCUCGAAUAAGGAAGAUCGUGACGAUGAGAAGGAACAUCACGAGGAGGAUGAUAAACAACGUGAAGAAGAAAAGAAAGAAAUUAAUGAAAUAAAUGAACCAGAAUAUAACGAUGAUCAAAUAGAUCCUUAUCAUGGUAAACAUCAAGCACAACCAGAACCUGAACCAUUGGAUUUACCAGAAGAUAUGAAUUUGGAUGAUGAUAACGAAAAGGAAGAAGAAGAAGAUCAUCCUGAGGAAGAAAAUCCUUUUGAUAUAGAUGAUAUGAAGGAUUCAAAAGCACCGGAAAAUGAAAAUACAGAUCCGAUGGAAGAAAAAAACGACCAACCGGAAGAAAAAAUUGAUUUGGACGAUGAUUCCAGUGAUGAUGAAAAUAAUGAUAAAGGAGAGACUGAAGAUCAGGAUAACGAAGAAAAAAUGGAUGAAGAUGCAGAUCCUAAAGGUAUUUCGAAUGAAACAAAAGAUACGAAUGAGGAAGAAGAAAAGGAAGAUGAAGAGACAGGGGAAAAACAAGAAUUAGAAGAUAAGGUUGCACCUAGUGCUAAUGAUGCAAGUAAGGAACUUGAUGCUGCAGAACAAAUUGAUACUAGUAAAGAUGGAACUAAAGAUAAUGUUAUACAAGAAUCGCAAACGGAAGAAAAUCAAGAGACACCUACGGAAAGCAGUCAAGACGAUAAUAAGAAUAAUGGCGUCGGACAAUCGCAAUCAGAGAAACAAGAAAGUGGUCAUGCAGGUUCGUCUCUUGAUGACGCUAAUACUGUAUCCCAGCAAGAAAACAAAUCAAAACAGGUAAAUAAAAGAAAGAAUCUUGGUACGGCCGACGAAAAUCGAAGUUUACUUGGCAAAACUGAGCCAGAGAAAAAGAAAUUGAAAAUGAUUAAUUCGCAGGAAGAAAUAUUGGAACAGGAACAAGAGGAUCAGUCAAUAAAUAAAGAUAAAGAUGAUAUCGAUAUGUGUCAACAUAUUAAAAACAGUGAUCAAUUUGAUGAUUAUGCAAUGGACGCAGCUACGGAGAAUCAAAUAAAACAGCAAGCAUCGAAUAUAGAAGAUGAAGAAAACAAAGAAAAAGAAAACGAAGAAGAGAGUAUGGACGUUGAUCUUCAUAAGGAUGAAAGCGAAGAUCUUAAUAAAGAGGAGGAUAUACCUAAACAGAAUCCAGAGAAGCUAGCUCAGGAUAAAAAAGAACAACAUAAGAACGACUCGUCGCAAAAAGGAAAUAAUACUGAAAUUAAUCAAAUGGAGACUAAUAUAGAAAUAGAAGGUGAUGUUAUAGAAACAGUAAAAGUAGAACGUGGAAAUGAUACAACAUUUCAUACUAAUAUGGACGUAGAGAAUAACGCUAUAUUGAAUAAAUCGGUCGAAACGGCAAGAACAGAAGUUGAAAAAAUGUUAAGCGAAUGGACUUAUGUACCAUCGACAGAGGAGGCAACAAUUGCUUGGAAUUAUUUAAGCGCAGUUACUGAUUCAGCUGCUCGUGGUUUAUCCGAAAAAUUAAGACUGGUUUUGGAACCUACAAAAGCGACAAGAUUAAAAGGAGAUUAUAGAACAGGGAGACGUAUUAACAUGCGAAAAAUUAUUCCAUAUAUCGCUAGUCAAUUUAGAAAAGAUAAAAUUUGGCUAAGGAGGACGAAACCUUCUAAACGUGAUUACCAAAUUGUUUUAGCAUUAGAUGAUUCAAGUAGUAUGGCUGAUAAUCAUUCCAAAGAACUAGCUUUUGAAUCUCUUUCAUUAAUAAGUAAAGCUAUGACAUAUUUAGAAGUAGGACAACUUUGUGUUAUAAGUUUCGGCGAACGUGUAAGUGUUUUACAUCCUUUAGGAGAAACAUUCACCGAACAAAGUGGUUCCAGAUUGAUUCAAGAAAUGAGAUUUGAACAAAAGAAGACAUCAAUAGGACAAUUAGUUGACUUUACCGUGGAUAUGUUUGAAACUCAAUGCAGCUCUUCUGAUAAUGCCAAACUAGUUGUUGUAUUAUCCGAUGGUAGAGGUAUAUUUUCAGAAGGAACUGACAAAGUAAAUCACGCUGUUAGAAGAGCCAAAAUAGCGGAUAUUUUCCUCGUAUUUAUAAUAGUUGAUAAUCCAAUAAAUAAGGACUCCAUUUUAGAUAUAAGAAUGCCUGUAUUCGAAGAUGGAAAAUUAUUAGGUAUUCGUUCCUACAUGGAUAGUUUUCCAUUUCCAUUUUAUAUGAUUUUGAGAGAUAUAAAUAUGCUACCUGGUGUAUUAAGCGACGCUUUAAGACAAUGGUUCGAAGUUGUUGGCAAAAUAGAUACAUAAAACAAUUAAGUGUAACAACAUUAUAUGAUUGUAUGUUAUAUAAAAAUAAAUUAUUAUACGAAA